AUGGGGAACCCCAAAAAACACGCAAAUGCUCAGGGGGCAUCCAGCAAGACGCCUACCGUGAAAUCCAGCACCUUUACACGGUACUUUAAGGAUGCGACGGCCCGCGAGGACGAGGCCGCAAAUUCCAAUAUGGCGGCGGAAUCGGCACCAUCAAGCCCGGCACCAUCAGAGGGCUCAUGCGGUACCCUCACACAGGCAACUGAUCCUGACAUAAAGGAUAUGCUGAGGAACCUGCCCUCCAAAGCAGACAUGGCCAAUAUGAUUGGCAGAUUAGAAGCAGCUCUGCAAUCUAAAAUCGACGCCAUGGGCACAGACAUACAGCAA